CAUACUCAACCGCUCUUCUUGUUUUUCUCUCUCUUACCAUGAUCAAUGUGGUGGACACCGUAGAUUGAGAGCAAAAGCAGCUGAUUCAACUUCAAUAUGUUCAUACAGAUCGCUCUGGCAUUAUUUGUGGGCCUUCUGAGCUUUGUUUAUUUGAUUCUACUACGCACCCCAUCUCCAAGAGUUUGUGGAUCACUAAAUGGUCCUCCUGUUACAUCACCAAGAGUUAAGCUCAAAGAUGGAAGACACUUGGCAUACAAGGAGCAUGGUGUUCCUAGGAAAGAUGCUCGCUACAAGAUUGUCGUUAUCCAUGGUUUUGAUAGCUCAAAAGACUUCUGCAUACCUGUCUCUCAAGAAAUCAUAGAGGAGCUGGGGAUAUAUUUCUUGUCAUUUGAUCGUGCAGGUUAUGGUGAGAGUGAUCCAAAUCCUGCCCGUGGGGUAAAGAGUGAAGCAUUCGAUAUUGAGGAAUUAGCUGACAAACUAGAAAUUGGGUCUAAAUUUUAUGUGAUUGGUGUAUCCAUUGGAGCCUACCCUGUUUGGAGUUGUCUCAAAUAUAUCCCUCACAGGUUGGCCGGAGCGUCGCUAGUGGUUCCAUUUGUAAAUUACUGGUUGCCUUCUUUUCCAGAUGAUUUAUUGAAAGAAGCAUUUCAGAUCUUGCUUGUUCAAGAUCAAUGGACGUUUCGAAUAGCACAUUACUUCCCAUGGUUGUUCUACUGGUGGAUGAACCAGAAGUGGUUCCCUUCUUUAAGUAUGAUGGAAGGAAAUAUGUCUAUUUUCUGUUCAAAGGAUCUCGAGAUGUUGCAGAAUAUACCUCCGCUUCCAUCUGAUCUUCAGGCAAAGGUACGACAGCAAGGUGUUCAUGAAUCACUUUAUAGAGACAUAUUAGCUGGUUAUGGAAAAUGGGAAUUUGAUAUUCUGGAUUUAAGUAAUCCAUUCCCAGAAGGUAACGGCUCCAUCCAUAUUUGGCAAGGAUAUGAGGACAAGAUAAUUCCAUAUAAGCUAAAUCGCUACAUUUCGCAAAAACUAACAUGGAUUAAGUACCACGAAGUUCCAGAUUUUGGGCAUUUUCUUAUCUACGAUGGAGAUUUAAGUGAAAAGAUCUUGAGGGAGCUUUUACAUGGAUAGGCUCCAGGUUUAUAGCAUACACCAAUUAUAGUUUGCUUGUUUUUCUACUGUAUUAUUAUGCUCUUGUUUUUCUACUUCUUGAUAAAUAUGUUACAUAUGAGUGAUAUGUGGAAAAUAUGAGAAAUGGAGUAUACUGUAAUACUGUAAUAAUUGUAAGCUGUUGUUGUUAGCUAAAUAAAUGAAGAAUAAAGAAGCCAUGUGCAUGGUUCUUCUUAGCCAAGAU